AUGAACCAAAGCCAUUGCCUCAACGACGACAGAGUCGGCCCGCUCGUGGUCGGGUGCCGCGACAACUUUGAUUUCACGAAGACAUUCGAGCAACUCGCGCUAUCUAUUGCUCCCAAUGUCUCAUUCAUUGUCAUUGCGGCCACACGCAUCGCCAAGCUCAGCAAGGCAUCUGCCCGCGGCACCCUUGCACACCGCCUGCUGCUGACCAAAACACUCACCGCGUUGGCCCUCCUUGGGCUGCACUUCGCCUACCUCAAUUUCUUGCUCGCCCAGAAUCGGUACGGCGGCCGCUAUGAUGUUUUUGCGGCAGCCCUGGCCACGUCAUCUACCGCGGUCUUGGCCCUCCACCUGCGACUGGCGCACGCUCGCAUGCAGAGGCCGUCGGAUACCAUUACUAUCUUCCUGUUCGUAUCAAUCAUCUGCGAAGCGGUCCAGCUCCGCACACACUGGCUCUCCGCAGCGCCGGGGUGUCUCACAGGGUCUCUCGCUGCCAUCACCACUCUGACACCCGUCCUCUUGGCUCUCGAGCUGACGAGCAUAUCGGCGAAAAGGGAGCGAUCGGGGGUUUCAGAAGACAAGAAGAGCCCGAGGUCGGCGUUUAGCAAAGUGUUUCUCUGGUGGCUCAACGACUUGGUGCGACAUGCCUACAGACACGAUGUUGUGCCUGACGACCUCGGACCCCUGGAGGACGAGUUGGCGGCGGAGACGUAUCGAACCCGAUUCAUGACGGGCUACCGUGCGAUACAAUGCAAAGAAGCGAGUCGAGGAAAUACAACAAGAGGAUGGAAAGUAGUGCGCGCUCUUCUCCGCGCCCUCGGGGGCAGCUGCGUGGCACCCGUGCUGCCGCGCAUAAUAAUGUCGGUAUUCAAGUUCGCUCACCCGUUCUUCAUCGACUCGAUCCUCAACAACCUGAGCCAAUCCGCGUCCUAUCUGCCUCCCGGCACUGCAGUGGCCUACGUGGGCAUUGUGGUGUUUCUCAAUGUCGGGACUGCCAUGGCGACGAGCAUGUACGGGUACUACCAGGAGCGCGCGGUCGCUCAGGUGCGCUCGUGCCUUGUGCCAGCGCUCUACCAGAAAACAGUGCGGCGCAAUGUGUACUCGGAAAAGAGCUCCUCGGUCCUCAGCAUGAUGAACUCUGAGAUGAACAUGAUCCAGUUCGGCGCCAAGACUGCCCACGAAUUCUGGAUCUGCCUUGUCGAGACGAUUCUCGGGUGCUGGCUUCUGCAGCAUCGUAUCGGCUGGGCCUUCUUGGCGCCACUUGCUGUGGUAUUGUUGUCGGCGAGCGCUUCUACGAUAUCCGGUCGAUUUACUGCCAAGAGACAAGGCGCGUGGAUGGACGCUCUGGGCAGUCGCGUGGGAUUGAUAUCUUCUGUCCUGCCGAAUCUGCCUUCCAUCAAGAUGGCAGGUCUGGGAAAUCAGAUUGGUCGUGUUGUUCAGAUAUCUAGGGAACGUGAGAUUAGCCUGGGGAAUCGAUUCCGGCUUCUCAGUACCGCGUCUGCAACUUUUGCCUUUGUGCCGAUGAUAUUUUGCCCUAUCGUCACCUUCACCGUUGCUCGCAAGUCUCUCACCAUGAGCGAAGUCAUGACGUCGCUUGCAUUCAUAAACCUUCUCUCGAAUCCCAUGAUACAUCUUCUACAGUGUAUUCCAUUUGUCAUGGCUGCCAUUACUUCUAUCGGCCGCGUUGAAGAAUUUCUAGACUCUGACAAUGAUGAUGGACAAGUCCCCGUGUCAUACCGUGAUGACGUUGAUAGCACCGACGCCUCUGGGGUCAUUGAAUUAGUGGAUGCUAGCUUUGGAUGGGAUGAGGACGAAUGGUCAGUGCAGAACAUUAACCUCUCAAUGCCUGCUGGCUCUUUCCAUUACAUCGUUGGCCCCGUCGCCGCUGGCAAGACAACGUUUUGUCUCGGACUUUUGGACGAGGUCAAGCACACGAAAGGCCAAGUCUCAGUGCACCGUGGCAAACAGUUGUCUUACUGCAGUCAAGAUGUUUUCAUCAUCAAUGGCACGAUCCGGGAAAACAUUGUGGGCUUUGCGCCAUUCAAGGCGGCCCUGUACGAGAAAGUGGUCAAUUGCUGCCAGCUGCAGGCGGAUUUCGCGUCUCUCGCCAAUGGCGACGAAACCGUUGUCGGAAGUCAGGGCGUUGCACUCAGCGGUGGUCAGAAGAAGAGAAUAUCGCUGGCUCGUUCCCUAUACGCAGAGCCAGACGUUGCCAUCUUUGACGAUGUUCUUAGCGGGGUUGAUUCACGCACUGCGGAGAGUAUUGCUUGUCAAGUAUUUGGGCCAGAAGGAAUUCUCAGGAACUCCAACACUACGGUCAUCUUUUCUUCCCAGUCUACAGAGUUCGUUGAUUACUUCAACAAAUCUUUUGUUUUAACGGAGGGUAUCGUGACAUGGUCUGGCUCUCCCGCACAGCUGCCAGCUGAGGUGCGCAGCGAAGGAUCACUUCCUGUGACGAAAAAAUCCUCACAAGUUGAGACCUCAAAAGACAGGGCUGAUAUUGACGAGCCUCGGAAAUCUGCAGGCAAGUCUGCAUCAGGCACUCUGCCCAUGGUUCCCCCUGGUCAUGGCGACGACUAUAGUUUCUACUUUGCUGCGGUCGGUCCAUUCACUUUCCUCAUCUUCUUUCUGCUUGCCGUUGUGUCGACGUUUCUGUUCACGUUCUCUACGCUCUGGCUAGAGAUAUGGGUGGCGGCAGAGGGAGACUCGGACCGAGAGAGGUUUUACUUCCGUACCUUCUGGGCUCUGCAAGUCACUUGCCUACUAGUUUUGCUGGUAUAUUUUACCUACACUAGCAACGUGAUGGGACCCAAGGCAAGCUCAAAGCUGCACUUUGGAGCCCUGAAGACGAUUAUCCUGGCGCCUUUGGAUUAUUACACCACGGUUGACUCGUCGGUCCCGACGGGCUACAUGUCGCAGGACAUGAACAUUAUUGACAGCCAGUUUACGAACUCAGUCGGGAACACUGUCGCCUCCACUUUCAUUACCUUGUUUCAAUUUUUUCUGAUUAUUCUUGGAUCGCCUGCUGUGCUCGUGGGCUAUCCCUUCUUCUCCAUUGUCCUCUUGCAGCUGCAAAGGGUUUUUGUGCGCGCAGCUGUGCAGCUUAGGGCCAUGGCUUUGGAGGGACGUAACCCUCUCAACAAACACUUCAAAGAGACACUUGACGGCUUGGUCACGAUUCGCGCCUUUGGAUGGUCUGAGAGCAGCAUUCGCUUGAACGACGAGCUUCUCGAUAAAUCGCAGCAAUCGUCUUUUAUUUCUGCCAUGCUCCAAACGUGGCUCAAAACGAUGCUCAACUUGUGCAUUGGCGUAAUUGCCUCAAUCUUUGUCGGCAUUGCAAGCCGGUUGCCCACCAGCACCGGACUAGUCGGUGUUGCCCUCGUGACGUUCAUGUCCGCGGGGGAGAUGCUCGGAAAUGUGAUCCAGUCUUACACAGCCCUUCAGACGUCAGCGGUGGCGCUGAACAGGCUCAAAUUUCUGCAAGAUGGAGUUCCCCGAGAGGAUGAGCCAGAAAAGAAUGUAUCUGCUGAAAACUGGCCGUCGGAGGGAACCAUCCAGCUGGAUGCAGUGUCAGCUGCUUACAAGACUAGCAAGAAAUAUCCCGGGAAAGAGCUCGCCCUCAUAGAGGCACAUGACCCGGAUGAUGCCUUGAAGGCUCUAUCGCUUUCUAUCAAAAAGGGCAAGACGACGCUAAUUUGUGGCCGAACUGGAAGUGGAAAAUCGACAUUGUUGCUCCUUUUACAGGGGUUCAUCAUUCCUCACUCUGGAUCUAUUACAAUUGAUGGGAUUGCACCGGCUCGAGUUGACCGAAACAAGUUGCGCGACAGCAUCAUUGCACUGCCACAAUUCCCAUUUCUCUUGACGGAUGACUACACGGUACGCGACAAUCUCGAGCACCAUUUCAACCCGGCGGAGCUGAGCCUUGCCGACAUCCAACAAGCCAAGCCACUGCCGCCGCAAGACGAGGACUGCAUCUAUGCGCUGCAGACUGUCGGCUUGUGGGAUACGAUUUCCGCUCGCGGUGGGCUGGAUGCGCCGCUCAAGGAGGGUUCGCUCAGUCGUGGUCAGAAGCAGCUCUUUAGCCUGGCGCGAGCCAUUCUUCGUCAACGACGCAAGAGACGGGCCAGCCAGGGGACGGCGAGCGAAGGUGGAGGGCUGCUGCUACUGGACGAGUUCAACACGGGUCUGGACUCGUCGACGGAGUCACUGAUGUGGGAAGUGAUCAAGACGGAGUUUGCGUGCUGCACAAUCAUCUGCGUUGCGCAUCGCCUCGGUGCUGCCUCGGAUUUCGACCAUGUUGUGGUGCUCAGCCACGGGCGCAUCAUUGAAGAAGGGGUUCCGUCCGCGUUGCUGGAGGAUUCUGAUAGCAAGUUCCGGGCUAUCUGGAGCAUGAAGGAAAUUUAG